UAUAAAAGCCAGUGUGUGUAUACACCUCACUUUCACCGCCAAAGCAACUAGACGAUAGGAACACCACCGAUACAAGAGUUGGUUGUGAGGAUAUUAUUUUUUUUAUAAAUACCGAAACAAGAUUUGUGCUGUUCAGCAAGAUGCGAACUGCAAUGCUGUCGAUGUUGAUCUUCGUCCCCGCACUGGUGUUCGGAUACGGUGCUGGACCCCCUGUAUCGACGUUCCCCGACCUGUGCACCGACAUGAUCCCAGUGGGUCACAAUGGCGGAGUGAGUACAGCCAACGACACGGACACCCCACCGUACACGAUUACCACCAACAGUGACAAGUACACGGCGGGCGGGUCACUAACAGUGACUAUAUCCGCAAGAAGUGAGCCGACAUUCUUUGAGGGAUUUUUCAUCCAGGCACGGCGUACUGACAUGGAUCUAGGAGACACCAAUGUGUCGAUCGGAGAGUUUGCUUACCCACCGCUGAAAACACAGCUUAUUCAGUGCCACAACGUCAGCAAUUCGGCGUGGGCCCAUUCCGACGACCCUCAUUGGAAGACAGUCUCUGCUGUGUGGAACGCACCUGCUCAAAAUGAAGGACCUAUCGAGUUUAAGGCAACCAUCGUAACAGGAGAGCCUAGCGAGAACUGGUUCUACCUCGAUGUCAAAUCUGCUCAAAUAAGUUUCAUGGCUGGAGACGCCGUCACAGUGUCACCACCUACAACUCAGCCUGGAGUUACUGGUGACAACACACCGUACCCAGAGCCUACAACCACAGAUGGUGGAGUUACUGGUGACAACACACCGUACCCAGAGCCUACAACCACAGAUGGUGGCUGUUCUCUAAGCGCUUCAGCUAUUCUUAGUGUGAUCACCAUGUUGUGUGGUUUAGCUCUUGCAUAGCAUGGAACUUCAUGGUUGACGUUUGCUAAAAUGUUAUUGACGAUCCAGCAGCAAUCUUCAUUUGUUUGUUUAAAUACUAAAAACACUAAUAGUAAGUUUAUUUUUAUAAGACAAUUGAAAGCAUAAAAUGCAUUAAGAACUUAAAGGAGGCCAGCCGCCCCUAUACAAAAAUAGACAGCAAAGUCUACUCGAUGACGUUUUCAAAUGAAACGAUCACCUGCACUUGUUUUUAACCCUCCAACUAUUAUAGCAAACAAUGCAAACACUUUAGACGGCUAGUAACUAUAUGAAGGGCUAAUGGUAAGCAAAGGCUUGGAAGGGGCCCAGACUUGGUGGAAAGACGGUGUUCUGGGUGCACGGCAAAGUGCAGAGUCGGAGGCACUCGUCGGAGAGGUGGCUCGUGGGGGCCAGCGGCGCUCCGUCCCCCACGAGUGUUACACUCGUUGGAGAGGUGGCUCUUGGGGGCCAGCGGCGCUCCGUCCCCCACGAGUGUUAGAGGCUUGGCAACAAAUACAAACAUUUAAGUUUGCAAUAACCAAUCAACUAGUCCUAAACAAUACAUAACUUAUAAAGAUAAAACGAUGAUUUCAAUUACAAAAUUUGAUUAACAAAGCUGAACUUAACCCUUGCAGAUGGGUCAAAAGUUGGCUAAAACUUGAUACAAAAUGAACAAAAUGCAUUAUCCUUUCACAACGGAGAUAAUUAUCUAAAGCAAGGGGAAAUAGAGCGAGUUCAAAGGUCGUAUAGAAGCAAACUUCAAAUCUUAUUGAAAAAAAAAAAUGUUUUGCUUAUUACAAAGACCGAGGAUGCACUUGGAAUUCUCGACAUUCAUAUUUGCAGAUGUUGAAAGUGUUGUUGAGAUAAGCUUAAAUUAAACUUCCCGUCGAUGGUUAAGGUUUCUUAGUAGUUAUUUAUAGUACAGAUGCAUUUACCUUCAUCCUAUGAAAAAUGCCUAAUGAGUAAUAAUUAAAGCAUUAUGAGGUUAGGUAAUAAAUCACCGACUUUGGUUGUUUCCCUUA